AGUCACCAGUCACGUACUUGUCGCCAAUUAUUAUAAUAAUGUUAUCAGGACUCGGAGACUCGGAGUCCAUGGACUCUUGAUGUCAUGCGUUUGCAAGCACUAGUUGCACUGUGCAUGUGGUUUGUGGAAUAUGAAACUUCUCUCUCUGUUAUUCAGGUACCAGUACGUUUGUUACUGAAGCGUUUGUUUUCAUAAUUGUUUAUAUUAAUAAGACUUACAAUUGUAGUGAAACAUUUUUAGUAUCCCAUGGCACCUGGAGUGGAAGCCGUCAAGGCCGUCAAGGAAUUCCUGGACUGCCUGAACUUUUCCCUUGCUCCACGGUGCAUUGAGAGUGAGCUGAACUGCUUGACCGGAAUUCUGGCAACUACGAAUGUUUCGUUCUUCAUUGAAGGUCUGGUAAAACGCCUGACCCAACUGAAUCCUGAUGCAGAGUGCUGUAGAAAAUGUUCUUUGGCGGAUGGGGAAGCUAACAGCACGCCACUGAAUCGGAUCGACCCAGCCACUGUUCAAAUACAGGCCUCCAAAGCUGAGGUGGAUGCCCGGAUUGCUGCAUUCAUAUCCAGAAAGAGAAUUGAAAAUGACGACAGCAACGUGAAAGAAUUCACAGAUGUGUCGCGAAGUAAUCAUGCUGAUGGUAUGACUUGUGCUAGAGCGCGACCGAGUGCUCUACCUCGCCGCCGCGCCUAUGAUGGCCGUAUCAAAUUAGCUCGUGUAAGACCUUGUCCGGUGUCUGUGAGUAGAGUAAGCAGUGUAGAGGUAAAGGUUACCUCCAGUAACGACGUAAGAGAAACUCCAGCUCAAGCGAAGAUGUUGACGAGUGGUGUCGCUAAAUCUGUCGUUAGUCAGCGGUGCAAACAGUUGGAAUGUCAUCUGGGAAUGAUGUCGGAUUUGCCUGAAGGCAAUCCUUAUGAGCGUUUGAAACGCAUUGAAGAGCGUGUGUUACAACUUGAAGCACAAUCACCUGAAUACAUCUUGCCAUUACAAAAUAGAGGCCCUGAAAGAGCAAUAAUGGCAACAACCUCAUCUACAAGUCUGCUCAAAUCAAGUUCAGCUACUAAGGCUACAUAUAGCCAUAGUCAGCUGCAGCAGCAGCAGCAACGAACCCACUAUCAACAGCAGCAUGCAGCUAACAGCCGUUCACUGCUGACCUCUCAUCCGUACGGCCAAAGCAGAUGCAGCCUUGUUGCUACCCAGUGCUCAUCUCCACUGUCCAGCAGGUGCAGUGCUGAUGAAGAGAGCAACUCGGUGUAUGCAUGUCGGUUACGAGAUGGACUUGGAAUGAAGCCAUUUGAUGCUGUGACUUGAUAGCAGUUGUACACUACCACAGCGCAUGCAAGCAAGCUUUACUGGUACAAUGUGACGUAGUGGUGCUGUUGUAUGAAGUUGUAUCUAGCCAUCAACAAGAGUGCUCUGGGAAGGCUGUACCGAGUAGUGCCACCAGUGUAAUAUCACCAUUCAGCUAUUCAUCGUAACUGGACGAGUUGAUAGCGCCUUUCCUGUAGGCGCUUCAAGUGGAAAUGCCGACGCAGUCAAGUCGAUCUAGUCUGUCCUCUCAACUCAAGACGUGUGUCACUCUGUGAGUCCAUCAAAGUUCUCAUAUCAGAAUGCAGUUUGUCCUGCCGGGAGUAGUACAGCACACCUAUCCUCGGGAGAGUAGCAAUACCACAUAGAUCUGAGCCCCAGGACUACUUCUGUUGUUGUCGUCUUGUGUGAGCACUGGUGUCUGGGUAGCUGACUGGCAGCAGCAGGUGUGUGCCAGAGUGGAGGCAGACUGCAGACAGAUGCCCAAGUGAAUACUGUGCGAUAGUCAGCUAGUGCUAUGCAUGAUGACUGGAAGUUGACCGGUGUUACCCGUGUAGAAGCGUAACAGUUAUUGUGGUGUAUUCGUUCAGCUGAAUCAUGAAAUGCCCUGCCUGGCUUCGUAGCAUUCAAGUAGGACCCCCUGUUUUACCAUACGUUUUAGUCCGCUUUCUUCCUACUGCAGCACUGGUGGUGUUCUUUGGAUUAAUCCUGUAGACAGUAGUGGACUUGGAAGAGUUUUUAUACUUCGAAGUACCUAUUCUCCUCUUGGGAGGACAACUGCGCUUCCCCCCCCCCCCCCCCCCCCCCCCCGCGUGGGUAAUGCAAUCUUCUUCAAACCAUUUGUUAGGUAUUGUUUCAUGACAACAUACUCAAGUGCAUUACACUCUCUGAAAUGUU